UUCACGAAUUAAACGCACAAGUGGCGGGAGUUGUUGUCAAGUAGAAUCUGAUCGAAGUCACCACAUUGAACAAAGGACACAUGGAUGCUAAAAGGCGGAGUAGCGGUCCGCCGAGGGGCGGGGCGUCCCAGGCCAAGCGUGGUAAAACUGGCGGGGAUUGGGAAGACAGCCCGUCGAUCUUCGAGGAGGAACUCGCCCUGUUCGAAGAAGCCGAUAUGGAGGCGGAGGAGAGGGAAGGACAGGCGGGGCAUGAUGUCAUCCCUGUUGGUGACCUGUUCUCUGCUGACCUCAACCCCCGAUGGCGUCGGCCGCAGGCCUCCCCUCUUAACCCGGACUCUGACACCCUGGUCUUCCAACAGAUCGACCUCGACUACUAUUUAGGGGCUGUUGUGGCUGGCAUGCCAGGUCAGUCUCAGGGGAAUGUACCAAUAAUCCGCAUGUUCGGGGUGACUGACAGCGGGAACAGUGUGUGCUGCCACGUGCACGGCUUUGCCCCCUAUUUCUACAUCCCUGCCCCCAAUGGGUUCACCAGUGAUCACUUGAGUGAGUUCAAACGGGAGCUUAACUCUGCUGUGCUGAAGGACAUGCGCUCCAACAAGGACAACAUGUCGGUCACUGUGCUGGCGGUGGACAUCACACGCAAAGAAAGUAUGUAUGGUUACCAUGGGAAACGGAUUGCGGACUUCCUGUGCAUCACCAUGGCAAUGCCUCGUCUGAUUGCCCCGGCGAAGAGGCUCCUGGAACAGGGAUUUAAGUUUGGACCUUUCCCCAUUCAGAGCUUCUCUUCCUACGAGGCUAACAUUGACUUUGAGAUCAGGUUUAUGGUGGACAGUGAUGUGGUGGGUUGCUGCUGGAUUGAGCUGCCCAAAGGGAAGUACCGGGUGAGGGAGGAGAGGAAGUUGGGGGAGACGGACGCUAACUACCCAGGCAAGGUGUCUCUGUGUCAGUAUGAGGUUGAUGUGGGAUGGACCCAGCUGAUCAGUCACCCAGCAGAGGGAGAGUACCAGAGGAUCGCUCCUCUCAGGGUUCUCAGCUUUGACAUUGAGUGUGCUGGAAGAAAAGGGAUAUUUCCAGAGGCAGAGAAAGACCCAGUGAUCCAGAUAGCCUCCAUGGUGCAGCGACAGGGAGAGAAGGAACCCUUCAUCCGCACAGUCUUCACCCUCCAGUCCUGCUCCAGCAUCGUGGGCUCCCAGGUCCUGUGCUUUACUAAAGAGAGCCAGUUACUACAGAGCUGGGCUGAGUUCGUGAGGACAGUGGAUGCAGACAUCAUCACUGGGUACAACAUCCAGAACUUUGACCUUCCCUACCUGCUGAACAGAGCAGCUACCCUGAAGGUCAGUCUGUUCCCCUACCUGGGCAGAGUACAGGGCAUCAAGUCAGUCCUGAGAGACUCCAGCUUCCAGAGCAAACAGAUGGGCCGCAGAGAGAACAAGAUCCUUAACAUGGAGGGACGAGUUCAGUUUGACCUGCUCCAGGUGCUGCUGAGGGACUACAAACUGCGCUCGUACACACUCAACGCCGUCAGCUUCCACUUCCUGCAAGAACAGAAGGAGGAUGUUCAGCAUUCUAUCAUCACAGAUCUGCAGAAUGGUAAUGAGCAGACCCGGAGGCGCCUGGCGGUGUACUGUCUGAAGGAUGCCUACCUGCCCCUGCGUCUGCUGCAGAAGCUGAUGUGUGUAAUCAACUACAUGGAGAUGGCCAGAGUCACCGGGGUUCCCCUCACAUACCUGCUCUCCAGAGGCCAGCAGAUCAAAGUGGUGUCCCAGCUACUGCGGCAGGCAAUGAAACAGGGUCUGGUCAUGCCAGUGGUGAAGCCUGAGGGAGGUGAAGACUACACUGGAGCUACAGUCAUUGAGCCAGAGAAAGGAUACUACAGCGUUCCCAUCGCCACCCUGGAUUUCUCCUCCCUCUAUCCCUCCAUCAUGAUGGCCCACAACCUCUGUUACACCACCCUGCUUCAGAAGGGCUCAGCAGAGAAGCUGGGUCUGACCCCAGAGGACUUCAUCAAGACUCCCACAGGAGACCUGUUUGUUAAGAGCUCGGUGAGGAAGGGACUUCUGCCUGAUAUCCUGGAGGACCUGCUCUCUGCCAGGAAGAAGGCCAAAACGGAGCUGAAAAAGGAAACGGAUCCUUUCAAGAAACAGGUCCUUGACGGCCGACAGCUCGCUCUUAAAAUCAGCGCCAACUCCGUCUAUGGCUUUACAGGGGCUCAGGUGGGCAAGCUGCCCUGCCUUGAGAUCUCACAGAGUGUUACUGGGUUUGGCAGACAGAUGAUUGAGCAGACCAAACAGCUGGUGGAAUCCAAGUACACCAUCGCCAACGGUUACCAAGCCGAUGCCAAGGUCAUCUACGGGGACACGGACUCCGUCAUGGUCAAACUAGGUGUGGACACUGUGAGCAAGGCCAUGGAGGUUGGGAGGGAGGCGGCAGAGUGGGUCUCCUCCCACUUCACCCCUCCCAUCAAACUGGAGUUUGAGAAGGUGUACUACCCCUACCUGUUGAUCAACAAGAAGCGCUACGCAGGCCUCUACUUCUCCUCCAGCGCCGACACUCACGACAAGAUGGACUGCAAGGGUAUCGAGACGGUCCGCCGAGACAACUGUACCCUGGUGGCCAAUCUGAUCAACACCUGCCUGCAGACCAUUCUGAUAGACAGAGAUCCCCAGGGUGCGGUGGCCCACGCCAAAGAGGUGAUCUCUGACCUGCUGUGUAACCGCAUCGACAUCAGCCAGCUGGUUAUCACCAAGGAGCUGACCCGCACAGCCCAGGAGUACGCUGCCAAGCAGGCGCAUGUGGAGCUGGCUGAGAGGAUGAAGAAGAGAGACGCGGGUAGCGCCCCCCAACUGGGAGACAGAGUUCCCUAUGUCAUCAUCAAAGCUGCCAAAGGAGUAGCAGCAUACAUGAAGUCUGAGGACCCAAUCUAUGUUCUGGAGAACAACAUUCCCAUUGACACCCAGUACUACCUGGAACAACAGCUCUCCAAGCCACUGCUCCGCAUCUUUGAGCCCAUCCUGGGAGAGAGCAAAGCAGAGAGCGUCUUACUGAAGGGGGAUCACACGCGCUGUAAGACAGUGUUGACCUCCAGGGUGGGGGGGCUCAUGGCCUUCGCCACCAAGAGGAGCGCCUGUAUCGGUUGCAGAGCAGUGCUGAAGGACGAUGCGGCUGUGUGUGAUUUCUGUAAGAAGAAGGAGUCUGAGCUGUACCAGAAAGAGAUCUUCCACUUAAGUACUCUGGAGGAGCGCUUCUCUCGCCUGUGGACACAGUGUCAACGCUGUCAGGGCUCUCUCCAUGAGGAUGUGCUCUGUACCAGCCGGGACUGUCCCAUAUUCUACAUGAGGAAGAAGGUGCAGAAAGACCUGGAUGAUCAGGAGAAGCUGGUGUCUCGCUUUGGAUGGUGAUAGGCAGAACCAACAGAGACUCCAUAUUCACCGGCUCCCCUCUCUCUCCCUUGGUCCCCUCUGUCCCCGCUCUUGCUCCCCACUCUUUCUCUCACUCUCCCUCUCCUGGAAAGGAUUUGUACUGUAUUUUCUUCUUGUAAGAAUUAUAAAUGUUACACUUAGACUAUUUUCUUGAAUUAUGAAUCUGAAUAAA